UAUUUGAGCGGAGGCGCUGUAGCCAUUUCGCCACAUGAAAGCCCGAUGAGCUGAGCGACCAACAUCCGAGUUGAUCGUGGAGAAGAGAAAUCAGCUUUGAGGAGCUCCGCGCGCACUACGACGCACACGCGCAGAACGCACGGCGCACGCACGCACACUUCCCUCACCCCCGCCGUGGAAAAAAAAGAGAGAGGAACAUAGAGGGCACACGAAGCGCAAACUUCCAACUCUCCCAUGUGGAAGGCAGAGGUUUGAGGAGAAGGUAUAGCCUGUUUUUUCCUCUUCGGGGCUCCGUUUUUCUUCCCCCCUCUCUCCAACUCUUUCUCCAUCUCAGUGUUUUCUGUCCGGAUAGUUGGGUUUCUAUGAGAGUCUUGCUCGGCGAGAAGAGAAGUUUGGUUGUUUGCCUGGUCGGCUGAGGAGGAGGAGGAGGAGAAGAGUCGGGUUAAAAGUGGGGGAAGAUGGUCCGCAACGCCGCUUGGAGAAGGAGCUUGCUGUGCGUCCUGGCGCUCAGUCUGGGCUUUGCGUCCCUGCCGUGCAAAGCUCGGAUUUACACCAACCACUGGGCAGUCAGGAUAGCCGGCGGACAGGAGGUGGCCGAGAGGAUAGCGGAAAAAUAUGGCUAUAGGAACAUGGGACAGAUUGGGGAUCUGAAAGACCACUAUCACUUCUUCCAUAGUCGUACCAUCAAGAGAUCGACUUUGUCCAGCCGUGGUCGCCACAGUUUUAUCUCCAUGGAGCCCAAGGUGGAGUGGAUACAGCAGCAGGUGGUGAAGAGGAGGAUCAAGAGGGAUUACAAACCAGUCCCGCCUCUUCCUCUACCAAGCCCCAACAUAUUCUACAAUGAUGCCAAGUGGAGCAGUAUGUGGUACAUUCACUGUAAUGACGAUGUCCAUAACUGCCAGUCUGACAUGAACAUCAUGGGGGCAUGGAAGAGGGGCUACACGGGUAAAGACGUAGUGGUGACCAUCCUGGAUGACGGCAUUGAGAGAAACCACCCAGACCUCUUUCAGAACUACGACCCUCAAGCCAGCUUUGAUGUCAAUGGAAACGAUAUGGAUCCCAUGCCUCGAUAUGAUGCAACCAAUGAGAACAAACACGGGACACGAUGUGCAGGUGAAGUAGCCGCAGCAGCAAACAACUCCCACUGCAUUGUGGGAAUUGCCUACAAUGCCAGAAUAGGAGGUGUUCGCAUGCUGGAUGGAGAUGUGACGGACAUGGUUGAAGCCAAGUCUUUGAGCCUCCAGCCUCAACACAUUGACAUCUACAGUGCCAGCUGGGGCCCUGACGACGAUGGAAAAACCGUGGAUGGACCAGCGUCUCUGGCCAGGCAGGCCUUUGAGAAUGGCAUCCGCAUGGGGAGAAAGGGCCGUGGCUCCAUCUUCGUGUGGGCCUCAGGUAAUGGCGGGCGCAGCAGAGACCACUGCUCUUGUGACGGCUACACCAACUCCAUCUACACAAUCUCCAUCUCUAGUACGGCUGAGAGCGGACGCAAGCCAUGGUACCUGGAGGAAUGCUCAUCCACGCUGACCACCACCUACAGUAGCGGAGAGAACUACGACAGAAAAAUUAUCACCACAGACCUGAGACAUCGGUGUACAGACAGUCACACAGGGACAUCGGCUUCUGCUCCCAUGGCUGCUGCCAUUAUUGCUCUGGCCCUGGAGGCAAAUGCUGCUCUAACAUGGAGAGAUGUUCAGCACAUCAUUGUAAAGACUUCUAGAGCCGGACAUCUGAGCGCUCCUGACUGGAAGACCAAUGCUGCUGGAUACAACGUCAGCCACCUGUAUGGCUUUGGCCUCAUGGAUGCUGAGGCGAUGGUGAAAGAAGCGGAGCGAUGGAAGCCAGUUCCUCCUCAACACGUCUGCGUGGAGAAUGCAGAACGGCAGAUAAGAACUAUCCGUCCAGAGCAUGUAGUUCGGUCGGUGUACAAGGCGACAGGAUGCACGGACAGCGCCAACCAUCAUGUGAUCUACCUGGAGCAUGUAGUUGUACGAAUUACAAUCACACACCCUCGCCGUGGGGACCUGUCAAUCAACCUGACCUCACCCUCAGGGACAAAGUCUCAGCUGCUCGCCAACAGGUUGUUUGAUCACUCCAUGGAGGGUUUUAAGAACUGGGAGUUUAUGACCACCCACUGCUGGGGAGAGAAGGCAGCAGGAGAUUGGGUCCUUGAGAUCUAUGACUCACCUUCUCAACUGCGCAGCCAGAAAGUACCUGGCAAACUGAAGGAGUGGUCACUGGUGCUGUAUGGUACCUCUGUGCACCCGUACUCGUCUCUGCGCAGCGAUAAGCCUCGCUCCACAGACACGCUGACGCACCCCGAUGAGGAGGAUGAGUACAACGGCCCCUGUGACUCUGAAUGUAAUGAAAACGGCUGUGAAGGUCCUGGACCCCAUCAGUGCAUCAACUGCCUGCAUUACUUCCUCAAAUUUAAGAACAACACCAGGAUGUGUGUGUCUGAGUGCCCCAGCGGCUUUUUCCGCGAUGACAGGAAACGGUGCAAGAAGUGUUCGUCAUCAUGUGACACAUGCGUCGGUAGCCGCAGUGACCAGUGCACCACAUGUAGAACUGGUUACCACCUCAAUGAGGGCUCCAAUACAUGUGUAGCCACCUGUGCCGAUGGCUUCUACCUCGACCAUGAUUCCAACAUUUGCAGAAGAUGUCCAGAGAACUGCAAGAGGUGCACCACCUCAAAUCUCUGCACAGAGUGUAAACCAGGGAUGAGUCUCCAGGGAAACAAAUGUCAGUUGACAUGUGAUCCAGGGACGUAUUACAACGGCCACAGAAGGACAUGUGAGCCCUGUCAUCGAGCCUGUGCCACCUGUGCAGGUACAGGUAUAGAAGCAUGCACUAGGUGUGCUGACGGCUACAUUUUAGAGGACUGGCGGUGUGUGUCAACGUGCAGCACUGGCUACUACCUGUCAGAGCAGAUGUCAGACAAUGGGCAGGUGCAGAGGUCCUGUAAGAAGUGUGACCAUAGCUGCUAUGAGUGCUUGGGACCUGGUGAAAGAAACUGCAGCAGCUGUGUCAGUGGAUACAAUCUGGAGGCAGGAGCCUGCGUGGUCAGCACCAUCUGCAAAGAUGCAAAUGAAGAAUCUUGGGCAGAAGGCAGUUUCUGCGUGCUCGUUAAAAAGAACAAUCUUUGCCAGAGGAAAGUGCUGCAGCAACUGUGCUGCAGAACAUGCUCGCAAAAGGGUUGACGGGACAUACUCACUGGGCAUAAAAGGGAGCGCAGGGGGGACGUGGGGGCACAGGGGGCACCCCUCCUUCUCAAACCCCCUGCCCACUCAUUCACAGUCACAUAAUUUAUAAGAGAAUCUGUGCCUCUUAAAGGGACUGCAUCGGAGGUGCGAUGACAGGACUACAACAAACCUACCUUUUUUUCUGUACUGGGACACAUACGUACGUGGUCAGGGCGUCAAAUGACUGGGACUUAUUUCAAGAACAAAUGAGCAAAUGAAAACAAAAGUGAAAAUAUACAAAUGAAUAAAAGUGUCGGUAUUUUGUGACCAAAGCAUCGAUGCCAAAAUAAUUGAACCUUCUUUUUUGUUGCCAGUGUAGGGUGCGUAGUUAAAACAGGAGCCGCUCUCAGCCUGUGAAUCUCUGAAUACGUCUGUGUGCAUUUUCAUUUUGGCUCCUCUUCCUCCGUUUUUUCAAUGUUAAUGGCGAACAGAUGGAAACUGAUAAUACAGUAGGAAAGGCCCUGUUUUUUGCCUGUAAAUAUACGUCAAAGGAGAAAAAAAAAAAGAAGCUCACUCAGUAAUGUGAAAAUAAUGUCUGUCUGGGCUGACUUUGGCUGUUUAGGGCAGUGAAGACAAAUUCACACAUGCAGUUAUAUACACACACUCAUACACACAGCAUAAAGAUACAUAUGUACCACACGCAUACACAUGAUCCUAUGCUCAUAUAUCAGCCUCCACUUGAAGUUAUAGGUGUGUCGCUAAGACUGAUGCAUGUUGCUGACCAGAAUCACCUCAUUACGUUUAUUUAAAAAUAUAAACCUGCCCUUCUGAAUAGUGUGUGUGUUUGUCUUUAAUGGUGUGUGCGUGCAGAGGAAUGCCAUUAAUUCUUGAUGUUAAGCCCAGACGGCAUUGAUUCAUUCCAGAGGUACUACAAGACGAGUCAAUAGUCAUUCCUUCCGGAGCUUUCUGCAGGAAAGGAAAUGCUGCAGUGAGUUAUAAUGAAUUUGUGGUACUAGGGAUGCACUGAUGCCCAUUCUUCAUGUAUGAUGCAGAUUCUGGAAACUAAACCUUUAAAAUUUGCCUAAAAUUUAUUGCUGGUUCCAUCCAUUACUGUGACUACACUACACUAUUAAUUUACCACUGGAUAAAAUAUCUCAAAUACAAAGCAUCUAUGUUACAGAGAUUAGCAGUUAUACUCCGUGUUUUUUUCCAUGCUAUUUGUUACCCAGUUAAAGGGAAUUUUGUCCAAUAAUGUUAUAUUACUCUAUAAGGCUUCAGUUUUCUAUCGGUGCAUCCCUACAUGUUAAUGCUCCGAAAUAAAAUAGAGUUUUAGAAGUUUCUACUCUUUAUCAUUCCAUUAUAAUUGCAAUACAUAUCAGCUGAAGUAUUGCUCUACACUUUCAACACAGAAGGUCAAUGAUCGGCACAGAAAUUAUUCUGUCGUUCACAUUUCAGCUGCAAGUGAAGGUCUCAGACAGGCAAGUGGACCACAGCCGGCAGUGGUGCGAAUCACAGCUGGAACUGUUGCACUUUCAGUUCAGAAUGCAUUAAAUUAGUUUUAACUUUAAAUCUGGAAACGUAUUUGGCUGCAGAACUUCUGUCAUUCCAAGAAAAACGAUCGUCAAUUUCUCAAAGUAUAUUUUUAGAACUGGAAGUGAUCUGCUGGCGUCACUGCACAACCACGAGUGUUUAAGACGCGUUUGAUGAUACUGAAGCCAAAAAACCCACGCUUGCUUUUUGGCUUCAGACAUCUUUUCUCUCCUUCUGUCUCUGAUCCAUACCUGGUGAAAGUCAAAGGUUACUGUGUUGGUGCUGGUUUCUAAUAAAGAGCAGCAAAAUAAAGUUUCAGAUUCUUAUUCUAUUUGUGUGGGUUUUCACACCUGCAGCUUGAGCAUUUACAGUAUUAGAUGAAUUGUUGUACUGUCAACUGGUUAUGGUUCUUGAUGAUUUGUAAUAAAGAUUGAUGAAUCCUCUGUUUUGGUUAACAAAAACUUAUUCUUGGUCAUUGUUUUAAGAUGACUUGAAUUGACUUUAGAUUGUGUGGUAGUAGAAACACACACACACACACCCUCGUAUAAAAGCUGUUUUUAUUGUGUACCUGUGACAUAUCUGUGACAAUGCAUUAUUAAUGUUACUCAAAGUCCUAGUUUUGAAAAUCUUUUUUUUUACAUAAGUGUUCUUAUUAAAAUGUUUAAUCUGUU